UACACAGCAGACGAGAGUGUUACUCCUCUGUUCACGUGUAGAUCAUGCUGCAUGCAUAAUAUCCGUUUAAAUUUACUCCUAAAUGAACUCACUAAUUUAGUUUUGUCACUCCUUCUAAUCUAUCUUGGCUGUUGGCAAAGGACACGCACUCGGCUCUCGUCCGUGAGACAAGAAAUAGUUCACAAGCUUUUUAUAAGACUGGCGACUUCUCUAGGGUAUUGAGACCAUGCCAAGUCCCAUUAUCAGAAUGAAAUUACUUUUACGGCUGGCCGUAUUAGUUUUGCUGGUAUACUGUGUCCAAAGUGCUGUUCCUAAAACUAGACAAGACCAAAGCAGACCAGAAAAAGAUAUAGCAAACGAACAUCCCAAUAGUCAAACUCGAGUGAAAACAAAAAGGACUGACGCGAAUGAUAUCAAAAUACCAAUAGAACGGAGUGACAAACAAACCCCAAAGUCAAGUAGGACAACACGUUCACUAAAAACCGCACCGAAAUAUGAAGAUAAAAGGCUCAGUGAUGAUAAGAAAUUCCCCGACCAUUCUAAGAAAGUUGCCUCUUCCUCGUCACAAAAUAAAAAGGUAGAACCUAGGAAUAAAGUUGCGAAGAAAAAGCCACUCGUAGUCAAGGAAUUUCCGCUCAAUGACAUCAUCUUUAAGGGACGAGCUACGAACGAAGCAAACGCAUUUAUAAAAGCCAAUGACAAGGUAGGCAAGGCACUCGAACUGAUCUACGAACACGCACGAGAACAAGACUUAAAUGAGCUAGAAAAUCAAAUCCGGCGUAGAAUGAAGGCCUACAAAAGAUAACAUAAUCAAGCAACUGUUCUACUAUCCUACAUACCUUCAAUCUAUACCUUAUGUGGUUCAGUGCUAACCAACUCCGUUUUCUUACAAGAACAAAUUUUAAAGCCAUUUUUAAAAUUUUAAAUCCAUAUUCUAACCUCAAAACAAGGUUAAAUGGUUCAAUGCUCUAAUUCAUGGAAAGUGGAGGAGGAGG